CAGACGAAGCAGUGAGUGGUGCUUUCGAUUGCUUGCUCCGGAGAUCGCAAGACAAAGGAGACGGCAAUCUUAUUUAACGAGCACGAAAGCCCCUGCACUGCCCUCCGUUAGCUCAUUGAAACACUUCCAAGGGACAUAGCCAUCGGGAGGUACAUCAUUCUCUUGAAGACGGUCCACUAUUGUCUGCCAACCUCCGCCUCUGUACUGAGUCCCCUGCAGCUGAGUGAUGUCAACAGCUGCCUUAAUCACUUUGGUUAGAAGUGGCGGGAACCAGGUGAGAAGGAGAGCGCUGCUGACCUCCCGCCUGCUGCAGGACGAGCGCCGCCUGCCGGCCACCUGCCACAGCUCCACCUCAGAGCCCAGGUGUUCUCGAUUCGACCCCGACGGCAGUGGGCGUCCGGCCACCUGGGACAGUUUCGGGAUCUGGGACAACCGCAUUGACGAGCCAAUUCUACUGCCCCCCAGCAUUAAGUAUGGCAAGCCGAUCCCCAAAAUCAGCCUGGAAAACGUGGGCUGCGCCUCGCACAUUGGCAAACGGAAAGAGAAUGAAGAUCGAUUCGACUUCGCCCAGCUGACAGAUGAGGUCCUGUACUUCGCUGUGUAUGAUGGGCACGGCGGACCCGCAGCCGCUAAUUUCUGCCACACCCGCAUGGAGAAAUGUAUUCUGGAUUUGCUUCCUAAGGAGAAGAACUUGGAAACUGUGUUGACCUUGGCUUUUCUAGAAAUAGAUAAAGCCUUUGCGAGUCAUGCCCACCUGUCUGCUGAUGCAAGCAUUCUGACCUCUGGGACUACUGCAACAGUAGCCCUACUGCGAGAUGGUAUUGAACUGGUGGUAGCCAGUGUUGGGGACAGCCGAGCUAUUUUGUGUAGAAAAGGAAAACCCAUGAAGCUGACCAUUGAUCAUACUCCAGAAAGAAAAGAUGAAAAAGAAAGGAUCAAGAAAUGUGGUGGUUUUGUAGCUUGGAACAGCUUGGGACAGCCUCACGUAAACGGCCGACUGGCCAUGACGAGGAGCAUUGGAGAUUUAGAUCUCAAAGCCAGCGGAGUGAUAGCCGAGCCAGAAACAAAGAGGAUCAAGCUGCACCAUGCUGAUGACAGCUUCCUGGUCCUCACCACAGACGGAAUCAACUUCAUGGUGAAUAGUCAAGAGAUCUGUGACUUUGUCAAUCAGUGCCAUGAUCCCAACGAAGCUGCCCAUGCAGUGACUGAACAGGCGAUCCAGUAUGGCACUGAGGAUAACAGUACGGCCGUCGUAGUGCCUUUUGGCGCCUGGGGAAAAUAUAAGAACUCUGAAAUCAACUUCUCCUUCAGCAGAAGCUUUGCCUCCAGCGGGCGAUGGGCCUGAUUGCUGGCCAGGACUCCACGAUUCUGUGCAAUACUGUUUAACUAAGAAUGUCAAGAAACUGAUCAAAUCACAAAUGCUGUCUGUACCAGUGACCCACCAGAUCAGUAUACAAGUCAGUGUAAACCUAGUAACUAUUUGCAUAGUGAUUUUUUAUGAAUAAUCAUAUUUAUGAUCAAAUGUACAUGCCUAGUAUGCAAAUAACUAUAACCAAGCUAGUGUGAGCUUCUAAGCAAGCAAAUGAAAAGUGGUUUCAGUACUUUCAGUGAGUGUUCAAUUUCUAAUCAUUAAGACUCUUAGGCAGCUAUUUGUUUCUAUCGAUUAUUUUUGUUCUUAAUUCAUUUGAAAGGUUCUUCAAGUUCAACACUAGUCAGUUUGAAUUUUGACGACUAUUCCGUGUACUGGCUGCAAGUGUUUAUUUUUGAUAACUGUGCCAAGGAGUAAAUGUGAAAACUGAGUUAUCUAUUAUCAUAUUUUGUAUACUAGGCCACUUACAAUAACAGUAAUUGUGCAGCAGAAAUCGAUUCAGAUACUAUAUUGCCAAAUCAUGCAUAUUUAUAAACAGUGCAUUUGUGUAUUUCAACUGCAUCACCAGAGUCCCCCUUCCCACUCAAUCCUAUUUUUCUGUAAUUGUAAAUUUUAUAUAGAUUUGACUCUACUAUCAGAAAAGAAGACACAGGCUAAGGGUCUUCCAGUCAAAAUUAUACAAAGUUAAAUACUGUGGUAUCAAGUAUUUUGUAUAGUUUCCAAAUAAGUUGGUGUUCUGUGUUUUGUAUAUAUGUUUAUAUCACCUUUUGUAUAGAGUAAGCAAGCUGGCUAAUUUGUUAGUAAAAAAAAAUACCACAUUGACCCACAGUGCCACAGACAAAGCUUAAGGUUUAUGUCUCCUCUUUGCUCAUUUCUAAGACUUACAAGGAAGGAUAUGUCUGAAACAAACAUUAAAACUGUGUAUUUCAGCUUGUUAUAUAUAGCUUAGGCAUGUGAAACUAUUUACCUGCAUGUAAGUUUGCUGUUAAAUGUGAAUUUGUACAUGUAUGAUUGGAAUGAUAUCUACAGUUUAGUUCUGCAGACUCUAAAUUUGUCCCGUGUGUGUGGGUGUGUGUACAUAUGUAUAUUUUGGAGUAAUAUAAAAUUAAAGGGAACAAUCUUGCAUAGCUCCUUCACCAGUUAACUAUCUUUAAAUUAUUCUGUAUUUAACUCUGAAGACUCUUGAUAAACUGAGGCAGUUCUGUUAAGUGCAGAGCCAGUGGUUAUCAGCAGGUGAGGAAACAGAUUUUAGGAGAUAUUUUGUGGCACAUAAUUUGUCUGGAAAACCCAGGAACAGGGCCAGAAUCUUGAUGCUACAUUUCUAGAUGGUCAUUUGCAUAUAAAAUAAUAUGAUAAAAAUGACUCCUAAGAAUGAUAUGGAAUUUUAUAUAGAAACAAAAGAAAAACAAACCAAAAGGAGAACUUUGAUAGAGAAUGUACUUUCAACUCUUUUUUCAGGAUUGACUUUUUUUCUUUUCUGUAAGCUUCAUUUUUAGGUUUAUUAUAAGAAAGAGGGCCCAAUAUAAAUGCUCAUGCCUUUUCACCUAUGUGAGAACAGAAGAAAAUAAAUUUUCAAUUUUCCUGCCAUCUUAAACAGGAAUGUCAUUUGAAAAAAAGUGCUAAAUAUUUCGAUUUUUUUUUUUCAAGGCAUUUAGGUGAAAGGAGGAAAACCAUUAUGGGCAGGAAGAUGUUCUCCUGCUCACUGUCUGUGAGGCCAAGAGCCCAAGCACAGCUGGGAAUCGGCUCGCUCUUUCCAAGUCAGGUCUUCCAACAGAAGUGUGGAAGCCACAUUUAGGAGUUUGGAGAAUUUCUAACCAAACAAAGGAAAGUGCUAAAGCUCCAAGAUGACAUUCUAAAGAUGCAGGUUUUGGUUUUGUGUGAAUUUUUCACAUUGCCAUCCCUCCCUCCUUUACCUUAAAAACUAGUUAGGAGUGAUGUUGGCAUGUUCAAAGGACUGAGGGCCAUGGAUGACUGCAGUGGUUGCCAGUUCUGAGGAAGGGGAGUUUGUAGGAGGAUGACUGGGGUGGAUCUGAGUAGGCUGCACCUGGAAAAGUGAGUUAACCUUGACAAAGCAUAGAGCAUACUGGUGUUUAUGGGUUUUCAAGCCAUAAUGUUAAAGUACAAUUUAAAAUGUAGAUUAUUAAAAUCUGUAAAACAUAAGCAUGUGUGUCUUAGGUUUCUAAGUCUAUUACUAGAAAUUAUGCAAAUAGUAAUAAAAAGAAAGGACUGCUCUAUAUAUAGCUGUUUCAUUGUUACUGUGAAUUUCCUAUGUGGAUAUAAGCAUGGUAUAAAUUAUAUUACUGUAAUAAAACACAUUGAUUGUA